GUGAUUGGAUAGAUGUAAUAAGGGAUUAGAGUGGUCAUAAGCUAAUUAUAGAUCAGGCUUGCGCCCUAAACAUUGCAUCAAUUGUGCUGGGUGGGCCUGUACUGGAUUUAACUGAAAACUUUGUGAUAUUCUUGGAGGGGGUUGGAUACAUCUGUAAAUUCAUAAAUAUUGACUCAUUUACUCAGUUGAUAUUACUCUUUUUUUGUUUUUUGGUAAUUUGUUGCUCUUCCACAGUUUCUUUCUUUCCAUCUUUUGAUUCCUUUAUUUGUAUGUGGUUUUGGAAUACAGGCAAAUACACAUGUCAAUGUUCAACAAGAUCUAAAAGAUGUCAAGAUCUGGCAGGUGCACACUCUCUUGAAAGGAUUGGAAAAAAUAGCUGCCAGUGCAGACAUUCCAAUGUUGGUAUGUGGGGAUUUCAAUUCUGUUCCUGGAAGUGCUCCACAUGCACUUCUUGCCAUGGGAAAGAUAGAACCAAUGCAUCCAGAUUUAGCGUUAGAUCCUCUUGGGAUUUUACGUCCUCAUAGCAAGUUGGCACAUCAGCUGCCACUGGUUAGUGCCUACUCAUCCCUUGCAAGGGUGGGUGUAGGUCUCAGAUUGGAACAGCAAAAGAGGAGAAUGGAUCCCUCAACAAAUGAACCCAUAUUCACAAAUUGCACUAGAGAUUUUAUUGGAACUCUAGAUUACAUAUUUUACACAGCUGAUUCUCUGGCGGUGGAGUCCUUAUUGGAACUGUUGGAUGAGGAUAGCUUGAGGAAAGACACUGCUCUUCCUUCUCCAGAGUGGUCCUCAGAUCAUAUAGCUCUUUUAGCCGAAUUUCGCUGCAUGCCUAGGCUUAGACGCUGACACUCCAGGUCCGGAGAUGCCCUAGAAAUGGGGAAAGGAGAAGUUGAUCAUACAGAUACAUUAUUGCCAAAAGGGUAGAUGAUCCACCCUGUGUUCUUACUCGAAGGAUUGAUGAUAGGAUCCUUGCAAUGAUCUGCUUUGUAUAAUUGUGCCUUUGUUUCAUAAGGAAAUCGUGAUCAUGCCCUUUUUCAACUCCUUUUUCCCUUGCCGAUGGAAAUGACCAGUGGGUCAGUAUAAUUAGUUAUUGUCUUGUACUUUAGUUCUCUCUGCAAAGUAUAUGGGUAGUGGCAUUGCAAUUGAUUGCAAUGCCCCUUUCUUCCAUCUUUGGUCCUAUGUUUCUUCCCCUUUUUCUUGAUUGAGGAAUAAAAGUCAAGUUCUUAA